AAGCGCAACAUCUAUCUGGCUGGCCUGCACUGCAUCUGCACUGCGCCGGACGGACUGAAGAAGCAUGCAAUGCAAUGCAAUCGCCAUUUCCACCUCCUUCCUAGUCCCUAUAGCAGCUUAAUAAUCUCCUUGUCCUAAUUCCCCAUUUCCAAUCUCCAUAGUACGAGAAGGAGAUCGAGUAGCGGCAAGAAGUGAAGGUAGGGAGGCAUGGCGACGGUGGAGGACCUGGGCGUCUCGGCCUUCAUCAACAUCCUCAGCGCCUUCGUCUUCCUCCUCCUCUUCGCCGUCCUCCGCGUCCAGCCCGUCAACGACCGCGUCUACUUCCCCAAGCUCUACCUCUCCGGCCAGCGCACCCACCACUCCCGGGGCGUCCGCAGGUUCGUCAACCUCGACCUCUGCUCCUACUUCCGCUUCCUCAGCUGGGUCCCCGGCGCGCUCCGCAUGUCGCAGCCCGACCUCAUCCACCACGCCGGCCUCGACUCCGUCGUCUACCUCCGAAUCUACACGCUCGGCCUCAAGAUAUUUUUGCCCAUUACGACUGUCGCCUUGCUUGUUCUUAUUCCAAUUAAUGUCUCUGGUGGCACGUUACUUAAUCUACGAAAAGAAGUUGUCUUUAGCGAUAUUGAUAAGCUUUCCAUUUCAAAUGUUAGCCCCGGAUCCAACAGGUUCUUUAUCCAUCUUUUAAUGGCAUAUGUGUUCACCUUUUGGACAUGCUUUAUGUUAUACAAAGAGUAUAGCAAUGUGGCAUUUAUGAGAUUGCACUUCCUGGCUUCUCAGAAACGCUGUGCUGAUCACUUCACUGUGAUUGUUAGAAACAUCCCUCAUGUUUCGAGCCAUUCAACAUCUGAAACAGUGGAUGAAUUCUUCCGUAGGAACCAUCCGGACCACUAUCUUGGUCAGCAGGCUGUUUAUAACGCAAACCGUUACGCUAAACUCGUGAAGCAAAAAGAAAGGCUUCAAAACUGGUUGGAUUACUACCAGCUGAAGCUUGAAAGGCAUUCUGGAAGAAGACCAAUUGGAAGGACAGGGUGCCUUGGUUUCUGUGGUAGGGAAGUGGAUCAAAUCGACUAUUACCAUGCUAGGAUCAGCGAACUUGAUAAGAAGCUUGCAUCCGAGCGUCAAAGAGUUCUCAAUGACCCAAAAGCUGUUAUGCCGGUUGCAUUUGUGACAUUUGAUUCAAGGUGGGGAGCUGCUGUAUGUGCACAGACACAACAGUCAAAGAAUCCCACCCAAUGGCUAACUGAUUGGGCUCCUGAACCACGGGAUGUAUAUUGGGAGAAUCUGGCCAUUCCAUUUUUUUCUCUCAGUAUCCGCAAGUUCCUGAUAUCUGUUGCAGUAUUUGCGCUGGUGUUCUUCUACAUGAUACCUAUUGCUUUUGUGCAAUCACUUGCCAAUCUUGAGGGUAUUGAAAAAGUUGCACCUUUCCUAAGGCCUGUAAUAGAAGCGAGAGUGGUGAAAUCAUUCCUUCAGGGCUUUCUUCCGGGUUUGGCUUUGAAGAUUUUUCUCUAUAUCCUUCCUACGGUUUUGAUGAUCAUGUCAAAGGUUGAAGGUUACGUCUCUUUAUCAUCUCUUGAAAGGAGGGCUGCUUCAAAAUAUUACUACUUCAUGCUGGUGAAUGUAUUUCUUGGAAGCAUAAUUGCUGGAACAGCUUUUGAACAGCUAUAUGCUUUUUUUCACCAGCCACCUACACAAAUACCAAGGACCAUUGGAGUAGCUAUACCAAUGAAAGCUACAUUUUUUAUGACAUACAUAAUGGUUGACGGGUGGGCUGGCAUUGCGAACGAGAUUCUUCGGGUGAAGCCACUGGUAAUAUACCACCUGAAGAACAUGUUUAUUGUGAAGACGGAACGGGACAGGGAGAAGGCAAUGGAUCCGGGAAGCAUUGGCCUUGCAGAGAACCUUCCAUCGCUGCAGCUGUAUUUUCUUCUUGGGCUUGUGUAUGCUGUGGUGACCCCCAUUCUCCUUCCUUUCAUAAUCAUCUUCUUUGCCUUCGCUUUCCUCGUGUACCGACACCAGAUCAUCAACGUGUACAACCAGGAAUACGAGAGUGCUGCUGCGUUUUGGCCUCAGGUGCACUCUCGCAUAAUAGCGAGCUUGCUGAUCUCGCAUGUAACACUGUUCGGGCUGAUGAGCACCAUGAGGGCUGCCUACUCCACUCCCCUGCUCAUCUUCCUCCCACUGCUCACCAUUUGGUUCCACAAGUACUGCAAGAGCCGCUUCGAGCCUGCUUUCCGCAAGUAUCCUCUGGAGGAAGCGAUGGAGAAGGACAAUCUGGAGCGUGCGUCGGAGCCAAACCUGAACCUCAAAUCGUACUUGGCGAACGCUUACCUGCAUCCCAUUUUCCACAUGUUUGAGCAACAGGAGGAGCAACAGCAGCAGCAGCAGGAGAAGGUAGAGGUCCGAAUCGACAAGGCGCAGCAGCAGCAGCAGCAUCGGCAGGUGCAGGUGGAGGAGGAGGAGGAGAGCAAGAGCAGCCAGCAGGCUACACACUACCAUCAUCACCAUGAGCAGACGACGACGACGACGACACAUCACCAUUACCCACACCAUGAGCAUAUGAGCAGGAGCAGCAGCCAGUACGACUCGGCAUCGCCUCCGCACUUUGUCUACCAUUACGGCAUCGACCCUUAGCUAGCCCCUUAAUCUUAACUUAAUUUGCCUUUUAUUUUGUUGAUUGGGAAUGAUUUUUUUUCUGUUCCUCUAACGAAUGAUCUGACUGAUUGCUGACAAUUAAUUGAUGGUCUGUUGUAAUUAAAUGAGCUUUUUACUUAUUUUGUGAGGAUGUGAAUAUGUGAGUCGAGUGUGCCCUUGGGAAAUUUAGGUUUUUGCCACUUUUGUGUUGGAAUUGGAUCGUGUGCCGUGCCUUAGCCUGUAAGGAGAAAUAAUCUUCAAAAAAAAGUCUCAA